AUGACUGUCUUGGCUGACAUUGGAGCUGAAGUCACCCUGACACGCAUCUUCAUCUACGCAUCUCUCUUUCUCCUCAUCUCCUUCAUCGUUGACACGUUUACUCAGCCUCGGUAUCCCGCUCAGAUUCCAGUCCUAGGGCACGGUUCGCAGAAAUGGUUCUCCAGCAUCCGAAACAGUAUCGCGUACUUCACUCAGCACCAGAACUGGAUUGGCGAGGGUUAUGAGAAGUAUGGCAAGAAGGGCCUUCCCUUCAUCGCGCCUGCCCCCAUCUCGCGUCCACCUGAUGUCAUCCUCCCCCAAUCUCAAAUCGCUUGGAUGAUGGACCAGCCUGACCAUGUCCUCUCCGCCUCUCACGCCCAUGACAAGAUCCUCUACACCGAGUAUAAUUUCCUCGGCAAUGAUCUCGCCGAGGAGCCGUUCCCUAAUCGUGUCAUCCACAAGUACCUAGCUCGUCAUUUGUCAGCUCUUGUCCCAGAUGUGGACGACGAGGUCAACGGAUCUGUCAAGGACGCGGUGGAAAAUCUAGCAAAAGCAGCUGCUGAGAAAGACGCCAACAAUGUCGAUGCUGAGGGAUACGCCAAGCUCAACAUCUGGAAACUGUGGCUUGCUAUUGUCCCGCGCGUUACAAACCGUCUUCUCGUGGGCGAACCCAUAUGUCGUGAUCCCGUCUUCAUACAAUCCAUGGUCAGCUUCACCGAUGAUGUUGUGCGAACCAGCUUCUUGCUCCAUGCAUUCCCCCAAGUUCUUCAUCCAAUUGUUGGCCGUAUUCUUGCCAUCCCGAAUUACCUCCAUUGGCGCGCAGCCUCUCGCCGUGUAUUGCAUAUCAUCCAAAAGCGUCUGGACGAUAUGCGUCGUAAGGAGGCUGGUGACCCCGAGAUGAAGAGCUGGUCGCCCCCUGAAGAUUUUAUUACUUGGUGUAUUCGCCUUGCAAUGGCAGAGUGCAAGGCUUCUGAGCUGGAUCCCGUGCUUAUAUCGAAGCGCCUGUUGCCCAUCAACUUUGCAGCUAUUCACACAACCGUCCUGACAGGCCAAUCUUGGAUGCUGGAUUUCCUCUCCACUCCGCCCUCUGAAAACGCCCUCGACACUCUCCGCGAUGAAGUACUAGCUCACAAACCAAGUGAAGGCCCCUGGACAAAGCAAGGCCUCUCUUCCCUCACACGCCUCGACUCGUCCAUCCGCGAAUCCCAGCGACUUAGCAACUUUGCCGCCAACCUCGUCGAGCGACAAGUCAUUGCCCCUGAAGGUCUUAAGCACCCCGACUACGGGUGGACGUUGCCGCGCGGCGCAUUCGUAACUGUAAAUUUGCAGGGGACCCACCACGAUGAGGAGAUUUACAAAGAUGCAAUGGGUUAUAAUCCUUGGCGGUAUUCGAGAGUUAGGGAAGAGUGGGAUGCCAAGACGGCCGAGGAGAAGAUGCAUAACGAAGAUGAGGGCAAGAAGGCUCGUAGCCUGGGAAUGGUGACGACAAGCGAUGCUCACUUGGCUUUUGGACAUGGACGGCAUGCGUGCCCUGGUAGGUUCUUUGUCGCUCAUGAGCUCAAACUCAUAAUAGCUUCGUUGCUCCUUAACUAUGACAUCAAAUUGCUAGACAAACGACCCAAAUCUCAAUGGAUGGGAGCGACAAUCAUCCCGCCUCUAGAUGCAUGUAUCGAGAUCCGGCAAAAGAAAUCUCCCUGA